AUGGCCCCAAAGAAGCAGACCAAACAAAAACCUACAGCAUAUGAAUUCCCGCAACAAUUCUUUAACCAAUCUGAAAAUCUAAAAAAGCUGUUCUUCACUCCUCAGCCGCAAUCAAUCAUUUCAGGUCAAAUAGUCACUGUGGAGCAUUUCUUCAGUGAUGACCUUUGUAACCAAUUGAUAGGCUCUUUUGAAUCUAGUCUCAAACUCGAGACCACUCCGCUUAUCAAAAGCAAAGAUUAUGCCGCUCGCUAUAACGAUAGAAUCUCGUUGACAGACAACCAGGCCGCUGAUGCCUUGUGGAACUAUCUCAAAAAGAUCCUACUCCAGAAGGUUGAUUAUGAGGACGAGGAGCUCGAGGAUAUUCAUGAAACAUUUGCCGAUGCCAAGAGUCUAAACCCACAAUUAAGAAUAUAUCGGUACACGAAGGGCCACCAUUUUGGAAAGCAUUACGAUGAUUCGGUCAAGUGCCCACUAGCGCAUGAGCCUUCCAAAAUGGGAACUACUAGGUGGACUCUAUUAAUUUAUUUGACAGGAGGCGAUGAAUUUGUUGGUGGUGGAACCAUCUUUUAUCCGGACUCAAACAGCAAGAAGGAGAUCAAUGUGCAUCCCAGUAAGGGGCUAGCGUUACUACACAAGCAUGGUGAUGACUGUCUACAGCAUGAAGCAGAAAUCGUUAAGGACGGCGUCAAGUGGGUUCUACGUAGCGAUGUGACCUUUUGA